UCGGAAUCGUGACUGGCGGCGCGCGGCGAUGACGUGACGCUCAUGGCGAUGGCGGCGGUGCCCGCUGUGCGCUCGCUGUUGCCGCGCCGGCCCCUCGGCCGCGGGCCGGGUCCGCGGGCCGGGCCCGGCGCUGCCCUCAGGCCGUGCAGCACGCGGGCCGGCAGCCGGCCCCUCCUGGAGCGCAUCAUCCGCGUGGACCACGCGGGCGAGUUCGGCGCCAACCGCAUCUAUGCGGGGCAGAUGGCCGUGCUGGGCAGGUCCAGCGUGGCACCCCUCAUCCAGCACAUGUGGAAUCAAGAAAAAGAGCACCUGAAAAAGUUCAAUGAGCUCAUGGUUGCACACAGAGUUCGACCCACUGUUUUAUUGCCCUUCUGGAACGUAGCAGGUUUUGUUUUAGGGGCUGGAAGUGCUUUGCUUGGAAAGAAGGGUGCAAUGGCUUGCACUGUGGCUGUGGAAGAGAGUAUAUCAGAGCACUACAACAACCAGAUCAGAACUCUCAUAGAAGAGGAUCCAGAAAAGUACAAAGAGCUGUUGCAGGUAAUAAAGCAGUUCCGGGAUGAAGAGCAGGAGCACCACGACAUUGGGCUUGAGCACAAUGCAGAAGCUACACCAGCUUAUUCUGUUCUGAAGACAGCCAUACAACUUGGAUGCAAAGCUGCAAUAUUUUUAUCAGAGAGAAUUUAGUUGUAUUUUUCAUUAUAAUUAUGGCAAUAAACUGUGACACAAAAGCAUAUGGAAAUUGUGGAAGACUCAGCUAUUUUAUUCAGCCUUCUAAAUUUUUCUGCCUUAGGCACUUGAUUCAGCCAUCCUUUGUCACAUUGAGUCCCCAUUUAAAAAGUAUCUGUAUUAAAGUCAAUAGAGCUAAAUGUGGAUAGAGGUGGCAGAAUUGAGUCUGUGUGAGCUGAACCUCCCUACUCAGAGACUGUUCACAAGGUGGCAGCACAACAUGUAUGUACAUGGUUUAUAUGUACAAUAUUUGUGUACAGAUGCACCCACAUAAAAAUGACAAACACAGUCUCUGUUGCCUUCAAAUUUAUGUGUACUUGAAGUGAGCUGGAGCAGCUCAUUUUAAAAUAUUUAAUACAGACCAAGAAGAAUAUUUUUUCUGUUUCCCAGGGUGAGUGAAGUAAGAGUAAAUAUUUAUUUUCAGUCCAUCUUGAAUAAAAAUUGGUAUUAUAAGACCA